GAAACCAUGUAGUUUGGUGAUCACAGAUCUUCUCCCAUCUCGCAGAGUCACAUAACUGAAAUUUUACAACAAGCAUUUCCUGCAGGGGCUGCCCCCAUCCCGUUCACCCGGCUUUAGCACGGAAUCGCACGGCACGGCUCGAUUCGUUGCCAGCCCCGGCCCUCCUCCAGCCGGUGUUUGAUUGGAUUAGAGUCGCUAGCCUUUGCCCUCUAACCCUGCUGAUGCUUGCUGGCUGCUUCCUGCUCCCUCCACUCCCCCUGACCGACUGACGAAGCCUGCCGAAGCCGCACGGCGAAGCGCCCUGCACGGACACAGCCGACCAGGACGGGCCGCUACAGCCAGCCAGACUAGAGCCGAGCCGAGCCAGGAAACACACAGGCAGGCGAACGAAAAGACGAGGCAGCCAUGCGGAGGAAAUCGAGGAUAUUGUUAUGCUUUGCCGUGCUGUGGGUGCUGGGGAUAGCCUACUACUUCUACUCGGGGACAGCGAUGAGUCGAAAGGAUGAUUGGGCCUCCAGUGACUCGUCCAGUAGGAACAAAGGUCACGGCUCUGACGACAAGACUCACAGCCUGGAGACUCUACCACCAGGUAAGGUGCGCUGGCAGGAUUUUGACCAGGAUCUGUAUGUUGGAGCCACGGUGGUCCGACCUGGUCAGGAUCCGUACGCCAGGAACAAGUUCAACCAGGUGGAGAGUGACAAACUCCGGAUGGACAGAGCCGUGCCUGACACGAGACACGACCAUUGCAAACAUAAACAAUGGAAAUCAGACCUGCCAGCAUCCAGCGUCAUCAUCACCUUCCACAAUGAAGCUCGCUCGGCUCUGCUGAGGACUGUGGUCAGUGUCCUGAAGAAAAGUCCCUCUCACUUGGUCAAAGAGAUCAUUCUCGUUGACGACUACAGUGAUAACCCGGAGGACGGAGCACUGCUGGGGAAGAUUGAAAAAGUGCGUGUGUUGAGAAACGACCGCAGAGAAGGACUGAUGCGUUCGAGGGUACGGGGUGCAGACGCCGCAACGGCUCCAGUCCUCACCUUCUUGGACUCUCACUGUGAAUGUAAUGACCACUGGCUAGAGCCGCUACUGGAGAGAGUGGCUGAGGACAAGACCCGAGUAGUGUCUCCCAUCAUUGACGUAAUCAACAUGGAUAACUUCCAGUAUGUAGGAGCCUCGGCCGAUCUGAAAGGAGGUUUUGACUGGAAUUUGGUGUUCAAAUGGGACUACAUGACUCUGGAUCAGAGACGAGCCAGACAAGGCAACCCCAUCGCCCCCAUAAAGACUCCAAUGAUUGCAGGAGGUCUAUUUGUCAUGGAUAAGGAUUACUUUGAGCUUCUGGGAAAGUACGACAUGAUGAUGGAUGUGUGGGGAGGGGAGAACUUGGAGAUCUCAUUUCGUGUAUGGCAGUGUGGUGGCAGUCUGGAGAUCAUCCCCUGCAGCAGAGUUGGGCACGUCUUUAGAAAGCAACAUCCGUACACCUUCCCUGGGGGCAGCGGGACUGUGUUUGCAAGGAACACGAGGAGAGCAGCAGAGGUGUGGAUGGAUGAGUAUAAAAACUUCUACUAUGCUGCUGUCCCCUCAGCGAGAAACGUCCCCUACGGAAAUAUCCAGAGUCGUUUAGAGAUGAAGAAGCGAUUAAGCUGCAAGCCAUUCAAAUGGUACCUGGAGAACGUCUACCCUGAGCUGCGAGUCCCAGAUCACCAGGACAUAGCGUUUGGAGCGUUGCAGCAGGGAGGAAACUGUCUGGACACCCUGGGCCAUUUUGCUGACGGGGUGGUGGGCAUUUACGAAUGUCACAACGCUGGGGGAAACCAGGUAGCAUUAUCACGACGACGCACACAGGAGUGGGCCCUGACCAAGGACAAGUCAGUCAAACACAUGGACUUGUGUCUGACUGUGGUGGACCGAACAGCUGGUUCCCUCAUCAAACUACAAGGCUGUCGAGAGAAUGACAGCAGACAGAAAUGGGAGCAGAUUGAGUCCAACUCGAAGCUCCGUCACGUGGGCAGCAACCUCUGUCUGGACAGCCGCAGCGCCAGGAUGGGCGGACUCACUGUGGAGGUCUGUAGCCCGAGCCUUAACCAGCAGUGGAAGUUCACCCUGAAUUUACAAUCAUAGGGGGCGCUACAGACCCUGGAAAGAGUUGGAAAUUAGAUAGACACCAACAGACUCUGAGACCCAGACAAAGAGAUGGAAAUAGACUCGAGGACAAAGACAAACUUGAUGGAUUAAUGGAUCCCUCUCACGCCGCCGCCUCCUCCUCCUCAGAGCUGCCGCCAGUCAGGUCUAUUCACCUCUCCCCCACCUCACCCUUCCCAAAAAACAAGGAGCCACGCCCACUGGGGGAGGGGCUUGUAGACCCUAAUGGAGUAAGUAGGAAACUGACUGGUGGGUGGAAGGUGACAGUGACGAUCAUGGGGAGGAUAAAAGCGAUGAAGAGGCUUUCCAUCCAAACUACAUACCUCAGUGUUUUUUCAUUGAUGGUUCCAGAGGCAAAUGAAGAGUGAAUUAUUUUUGUUCUUUUACUUUCUUUAAUGCUGGUGAGCUAGAACUUGUUUUUACUUUGUAAUUAUUUUAUUUUCCUAUUAAUAUUUUUUAUGUCUUGCUGUUAAUUCUCCACGGAGGGUUUGGCAGAAGUUUUGUUUUCCGUUCUCAAAAGAAUUGGGUGUUUUUUGCUCCUCUCUGCUGCUUUCUCUUUGUUUUACCGCACCGAGCUAAAGCCUGUAAUGGCAGACGGAGGCUUCGGGUUGUGGUUUUCGGGGAGGUUUGGGUGUAGAGGAAAUGGACUCGAUUCCUUGAGCUUUUCCUCUCGUGUACUCUCAUUGGUUUACAGGAUCAACAGAGAAAAAAGAGGCGAGGUGGAGAGAAGAAUGUUCUGCUUAGUUUCCUGCAGAUUGUGUCUUGGGGAGGGGAAGAGGGUUAAUGGAGGAGCAUCCUCUACUUUGGAUGGGGCCUGACACCGGUUUGGCUGGAAGUGCAGUUCCUGAAACCAGGAAGUGUCUCGAAGCCCACCCUCAGGAUUUACUGUUUGUCUUCAGGCUGUAGCACUGGCUGCUACAGCAUCUUCACUUCUACACCAUUAUGUCUAAAGAAACAACACACCGAAAAAAUGUCUUACUAGUAAUUUUUCAUUUACGUUUGUCAAAAAAAAAAAACGGAACCAAAUUUUAAAUGGAUGUUUUGUGUUUCAGGAAUACCAGAGGAACAAUUUAAAAGAGUUUUCUUGACAUACUCUCGCUGCUCUCCAACUGCUCCCUAUGCAGCGGUUCAGUUCAUACACCUUCUUUUCCUACACAGAUCCUUUUCGUGGACUGUGUCUAUAUUGACAAUGUAGGAAGGUUACUGUCAAAUAAUCACACCCAAACUGGAUUUAUGGCUGCACCUUUUUCUCUAGAGCCAACAAGUGUUGGCUGCAAAAGAAUAAUGGUGACAUUUAUAAUAUCGUGAUGAGACACAGAUCAGAAAACAUGAUUGAGAUGCUUCUAAAUUUUCAACGUACCCCUGCCUGCUCCUGCACGGCAAUAGAAGGAAACCCCAUCACUUGUGGCUAACAUUUUGCGUCUGCCAUCCAAGGUCCCUCUUUUGUUGACAAAGUAAAGCCUUGCUUAUUCCAGCCUGAGAACAGAUGUCAUGAAAAAAGUCGUCCAAAGUCCUGACUAUAGUCAAACUGUAUGAAAUGUGCAUGCACAUGUGCUCUGAAAAGCUGCAUGUAACACCAACACACUCCCACAGUUACACUCAGUCAGUAGUGUUUUCCAUCAUGUUUUUCCAUCAUUGUGCCUGUAAGAUGAGCCAUCUGCUCUGAAGUUUGAAACUGCAAUAAACAAGGUUUUACUGUUUGCCCUCACUUGGUUUCUGCUAAAGGUGAGCAGAUUUUUGUGAUUGCACACACAGGCCUGCUCAGUUUUUGCUGAUACAAAAUGCAAAUGAGAACACUUGUUUUAUUUUGGAGAGCUACUUUGUUCUGUGAAACAACAUUUUACUGUCACCAAACAGCAUUGUGCCACUUCUUAGUUUUUUGUUACCUGAUAAGUGUUACUGAUACCAUUUACAGUACACAUGGGCGCCAACAUGGGUUCAUCUUAACUGCUAUGAUCCUCUGUACUGUUAGUCAUUGAUGAGUAAUGAUGAUGCAGUUUGAGGAAAUUGGUUUUGAUUAAAUUUGGUGCGACUCAUCACUUGGCAGCUUCAAGGCAACUUAAAUAAAUACAAACAUCUUUGAGCAGAUAUACUGUACAACAGAAAUGGCCUAUAAAAUUUACAUCUCCUACUUCCUAAUUUAUUCCAGAAAGAAGCUGCAGCCACAAGUGUUCUUUAAUGUCAAAUAUCCUCUCCGUUUCUCUCCCUCACACAUUCACAUCCUUACUUGUACAUUCUUAGAUUUUGUUUUGUUUUUACUUGGUUACAGAAACUGACAAAGACAGCUGGUCAUGUUUGCUGCGUGGCACUUUUCCACCGUCUGUCCCAUCACUUUGUUUGUUUUCUGCCAUUUUGUUCCUUGUACCUUCUGUUUGCCUUGUCUUAAACAUACAUCCAACUGUAAGCAGAGUGAGUGGAGAAGGUCAGUUGGUUGAAAAGCCUAUCCUGUGACUUGAUAGGUUGCUGCAUUGUGCUGAGAGGCCAGAUGUGAGGAAGGUUUUGUGUUGCCAUGGUGACCAGACUCAAAGGCCUAAAUCUGAUUUAAGGUAUCAGUUUGUUUCAGGUUAGUCAGAAAGUGGGUUUACUGAUCAGUUCUGGAAAAGGGUUUUGUUCUCCAUUCUGUUUGGAAACUACAAAAAAGAUUUCAUUUGUGUCUUAAUUUCUUAAGAUUGUUGCAAAUCAAUAAUUGUAAUACAGAAGAGCUGACUGGAGUUUAAAUUGUGAAUUGAUUUUCUUUUUUCAUGUACAUCCAAACUGGAUUUUUCUCUAAAGCUAACAGGUGGUGGCUGCAAAAGGAUAAUAAAGUGACGUUUAUCAUAUCAUGAUAAACAAUAUCUGAAAAACAGUGUACGGGACACAUCAUGCUUUUCAGCAAUGCUGCAGGUCAAAGUUUGGGUGCCAGUAGAUGAAUUAAUUCUUCCUUUACAUCUCCUUCAUAUGUAUGAUAAGAGUGUGUCAGGUAGUAAAUAUCUGAACAGAGAUCAGACUGUGCGGCAGCGAUUCUCAAGUAUUAACAUUUGUCAUCAGGUCUUGAUGCUUUAAUGUUGCUCACUGUGGGAUAGAUGAGAACCUCAAACUAGGCUGUCUUAAUGUUCGAAGUAUCUGGCCCUUUGUCAGGGGUAGUGAGGGUAACAUCAUGAUUGUUUUGGUGGUGUAUAGCGCCCUCUAUUGUCAAACCUCUUGUGUAUACCGGGUAGAGAACAAGAAAAGAAAAGAAAGGGACUCAAGGUUGUAAACAUCUGAUGCAUGAUGCACCACUGGAGAGUUUCAGACUUUUUUCUUAAUCACAUUUUCUUUGUCCUUUUUUUGUGAACUGUUGAUUCAGCCGAACUAAAAUAUGAUGAGAACCAAACACACACCUGGGUGACCAUGGCAAUUCUGUCAGAUAUGUCGUUUAAAGCCUUUUCCUUUUAAACUAGUCUUAUUCUUGUGAAAAUGAAAAGAUUUUUAUUUUAUUUUUUAUUAUUUUUAUGUUAUACACAGAAGAAAUGACUGUAAUAAUUAAGUAGUCCAGCGCCUCUGUUUGAUUGGAUGAUUAAAUGUUUACGUCUUUAGCACAAUGUGCCAAAGUUCCUUCCUGUUUUCUAUGUAUGAGGAAGAACGAGGAGAGGUAAAAGUCUAGAAAUCCAGAAUGAGUCGCAGAGAAGUUGGUCAGUGUUGGAUGCAGAUUUGUCUACAGUAUAUGUAGUGUAUAUCAUUGUUCUUCCAAGUCUCGACCUGUAGGAGAUGCCCGGGGGGACGACGGCUCUCAGCUGCUGAUCUGUGUCAGUUUUAUAAUGGACACAGGGUACAAAUUUGGCAAUUUCCUUAUUUGAUGUUUCAAAAUGUGUCUGCAAAGAGAGGAAGACUGUUGUCAGCUUGCAGACAGGAAUCUUUAUUAGCAUUAAAAGGGGUUGUAUAACUGAACACCAGUCAGCAAACAAGAGCGUCUUCCCCACUGAGCCAGCGGGACUUUGUUCAUGCUCACUGUGUUUUUGAGAGAAACAGUCAGCUGGUUUAUUUGGUGGAAUUUAACAAGAGAGGAGGAGGUGUAAAGGUCGAGCUUUGUGUUCUCUCAGCUUUUCAUGAUUUGGCCUAACAAGAGGGAAGUCUUUCCCGUUUAGACCACCUCAAAUGCCCUCUUAGGAUUAACAGAAGAGCCCUCUCUGAUAUAUGAAAAGCCCCGCUGAGACAUCCAGCUCAGGACUGCUUAAGCUUCUCCAUCGUUUUCUAAGAGUGACAGUAACCGUGUGUGUGGGUCAGGGCAUAAAAGGGGCUUAACAUGCACACAAGACACUAUACUGUACAAUUCUCAUCAACCAAUAAUGACUGAUAAAAGAUGAAACUGUAAUCAAUAGCGGGGGACAACUUAACGGGGUAAUAAUGUGUUUUCUAAGAGGAAUGUGGCGCCAUUGAAUGACAGUGGGUGGUGAUAUAUGGCACGAGGGGUCACACAUGUACAAGUGUAUAUUUUUGUAUAUACCUACAUCAGUGUGAGUACAGUAUGUACAUAUAUAUACAGCGUACUCAGCCGUGGCUCCUAGUUUUGUUGUUGGACUGUACAGCGCUUCUAACUGUUCCCUGUUUUAUAGAUACUGCAGAAAUUCAACUUUGAAUGAGGAGAAAUGAUUAACUUAAAUAAAUGCAUUUAUAUAUAUAAACUAAA